AUACAAAACUAGAAAGGGUAAAAUGGGAUGUUCACGUACUCCAUGAUACACCACAUAUCAAAACGUACUCCUCCCAUUCCUUCACCGUAGCCACUUUUCUCCGUGAACAUUAUAGGCUCCUUCAAUUCAAUCCAUCGCAGUCUCGCUUUCAAUUUUUUAUGUAAUGACUUUGCUCAACAAGAAGGCCAAUCAAAGUGACAGAAUCAGUGACUUACCAGGUAAUGUCAUUGAUGGCAUCUUAGGAAACUUGAAAAUCAGAGACCAAGUUAGAACUAGUAUUUUGUCAAGAAAGUGGAGGUAUAUGUGGACUUCAGCUCCACAACUUUGUUUUGAUAACAACUUUUUUGAAAGAUAUACCUAUCUUGAAGCCCGUGACCAUGCCUCUGUAGUCUCUAAAAUCAUCACGGAUGUUCUUAUGCUUCACAAUGGGCCGAUACACAAGUUUACUCUUUCCUUAUCAUUUGACAUUAACUAUAAUUUCAAAUCUAAUUUUAAGAUCACACUGGAAUACCUCAAUACAUGGAUUCCUUUUUUGUCAAGGGACAUUAAAUAUCUCGAUCUUGUGGACCGCUGGGAAUCGGUUCAUGAAAUGCCAUAUAUUGUCUUCUCUUGUAAGGAAUUGACUUACUUUAAGUUUGGCGGAUUUCACUUGUUAAUUCCACCUAAUUUUUGUGGCUUUAAAAGAUUGCUUGAACUUCACUUAUAUAUGGUUAGACUCAACUCCCAUACAUUUGAGAGUCUUAUUUCAGGUUGUCCAUUUCUUGAAAAGCUUUGCAUUGAAUUAAGUGAAGGUUUUCAAUAUAUAGAUAUUUCUUCUCCUACUCUCAAAGUCUUAUUACUAGACCUACUUAAUGAUGUGGAUUCAAUUUGUCUCAAGAAAGCAGAAAAUUUGAUUGAUUUUACCCUCGAAGCUUCGCGCUUCGGCUUAUUUGGUUCGAUCAAAAGUUUGCCAAAUGUUAAGAUGGUCGGUUGUAAUAAGUACUCAUAUGCAGAUAUCAUUCCUCCCACGUGUCUAGUAAGCUCAUUGAACUCAUUAGAGUAUCUGAAUUUGGGUGUCGUGAAUUUGAAUGAAACAAGAGAACUUUUGCAUAUUGUUAGAGUACUCAAAAGUGCUCCUAGCUUGGUUAAACUUGUCAUUCAGAGUUAUAGCUUUGCUAAAGCCACACAAGUGUUGGAUCAUUCAGAAGAGUUAGAAUGUCGUAGUUGUUGCCUUAAACUUCAGAUAGUGGAUAUCAGCAUUAGAGCUAAUUCUCAGCAUGCAGUGAGUUUGAUACAGUUCAUACUUGCAAAUUCUCCUUUGUUAAAGACUCUUACUUUUAAUUGCAAUUUUAUAAAAUUAGAUGCAAUUGAGUUGCAUAGAAUUUCAAAAGACUUGUUAUGGAUGGAACGAGCAUCACCAAGAGCACGUGUUAAGUUCCUUAAUGAUGGAAAUUAGUAAUUACCCUUGAGUAUUUGGGGAUGUGGUGACAGUGGAUUUAUUGUUUUGAUGUAGUGAACUUUUACUUAUAUAGUCAAAUGGUACUAGUGUGGUGAAGAGUCUGGCUGUACAAUGGACCAUUUUUUUCCCAAGUGUAUUUGGUGUUAUAUUGUUUGUAAUAGUCUGUGAAUUGGGAGACUUGUUAACUUUC